GGCCCCGCCGCGCUGUGCCCGGCACGGGCGGCUCUGCUGGCGGUCAGGGGCGCUCCCCUCCGCCGUCCGAGCGGGGCGGCUCUGGCGGGAGGCGGCGCCAUGGGGCUGCACGGCGUCAAGGCGGUGUUCUUCGACCUGGACAACACGCUGAUCGACACGGCGGCGGCGGGGCGGCGCGCCAUCGAGGAGGUGAUAAGCGCCUUGCAGUCCAAGCACCACUACGGGGAGGGGGAGGCCCGCGCCAUCUGCGAUAAGGUCCAGGCUAAGCUCCUCAAGGAGUGCCACGAUCCCGCCAAGAUGUGCAUCACAGACCUGCGGAUUUCGCACUGGGAGGAGGCGAUCCAGGAGACCAUCGGCGGGGAGGCGAACCGCGACCUGGCGGCCGAGUGCUAUUACCUGUGGAAGACGACGCGGCUGCAGCACCUGGCGCUGGCCGAGGACACGCGGGCCAUGCUCACCGAGCUGCGGAAAGGCCUCCGCCUGCUGCUCCUCACCAACGGCGACCGGCAGACGCAGAGGGAGAAGAUCGAGGCGUGCGCCUGCCAGCCCUACUUCGAUGCCAUCGUUGUGGGGGGAGAGCAGAAAGAGGAGAAACCGGCGCCAUCCAUAUUUCAUUACUGUUGCGAUCUCCUGGGGGUGCAGCCCGCAGAGUGUGUGAUGGUCGGUGACUCUCUAGAUACAGAUAUCCAAGGAGGCCUGAAUGCUGGCUUGAAAGCAACGGUCUGGUUAAACAAAGCAAUGACCGCCCCAGUAGAUACCUCCCCCGUACCUCAUUAUAUUAUUUCUUCUGUACUGGAUCUUCCAGCAGUUUUACAGAAGAUGGAGCACAACAUUAAUGCUAAGUUAGAAACUGACCAUAUGGCUAGUAGCAAUGAAGCACACUGAUGAUGGUUCCAGCAUACAGAGACCUGCUGAGCUGUUAGGUGACACAUGCUUUUUUUAAAAAUCUGACCCUAGGAGUUUGAACUCAUCUAUGGUCUCUUUUAAACAGCAGAGGAAUGAAUAAGAGCACAGUUGUCAGUGAAAACAGGACAGAAAUACAGAAUUAUAUUCAUUUAAAUGAUGCAAGUGCAGUUCAUUUGAAGCAAGUGCCUCUGUCUGGAAGUUGUUUUGGCAGACUCUGGCAGAAGUCUGUCUGUCUCUGACCUAAGUUGACAGUCUCUAGUUUUUAUAGAGGAAAAGAAAAUUUUAAUGUUCUGAACUUUAUCAUGCUUUCCUGAUUUGUAAGCUUAGCAGAAGCUUCAGUUCCAACCUUGUGUGCAGUGUGUAAGAGAAGGUUGAGAAGGUGAGAAAGAGAGUGUGGUGCGGUCUGGUAAAUCUUCACAAUUGAUCUGCAGUUAAUCUCAGGAACUGGGGUGAAUCUGUUUCUCAGAUGAUUAGAAAUGCUCUGCCUUUGACCUUUUUUACAAGUUUUAGAAUUUUUUUCAGACUUUGCAGUGACUUUUCUUUUAUGGAACCUGUAUCUUUUGCCAAAAGUACUUAAAUGUUCAUCAAAAAUUUGCUUUUUUAUCGGGGACCAUUUAUCAGAGGGACUUGAUGAAUAAGCUUUUACUUUAUAUUAUCUUGAUGCUUAUGCAGAUAUGCAGUCUACUUGUAAUUCAGAUUAUGAUUUUUGUUGAAACGGAUAAAACAGGGAUAUUUUCAAUGGUGUUACUGUCCUGUCAGACUCUUCAGAAGCUAAUAUCAUUGUUCUGUCUGAUUUUAUCAGUGAAUUUUGAUCAGACUUUUUGGAGAAACUGUUCUUGGUCUUGCUCAGGUGUAUGACUACUCAGAUUCAACUGUAGGAUCAGUGGCUUUUUUUGACUGUUUUAAUGGCACUGCUAUAUAAUCCCUCCUUACUCCAGUUUGCAUGUGUAAUUCAUGUGAUUUAUUCUGGAGAAAAUACAAGCUUAUUGUCUGUAAAUUAGAUCUCAUGACUCUCUUCCAGGAAACUGGAAAAUUAUGUAGUAUGUCUUACAGUACUGUAUACAACUUUAUAAGGUAUAUGUGAUAUUUCCACUCCAUGUGGGAGAUGACUCUCUAAAACAGUAAGGUUUCUCUUUCCUACAUGAUUAGAUUAAUUUAUUUUUUUCUGUGCCUCAUAUUCUUACUACAUAAUGGGCAGGCAUUCUCAUAUUAAAUGGAAAUGUAAACACUUGUUGGUGAGUCUGUGGUUUUCAGCCCUAUUUGCUAUAUAUUCACCGGGAUCAGUAUCAGACCAUAUAUGAAAUAUCAAAUUUUAUAUUUUUGAGUAGUUCUAUGACAGAUCUUUUGAGAAUAGGGUUAUUAGGCUACUGGCAAAAGAGUGUCUGGCAUGUGGGCAGCGAUAAGAAGUACAGAAACCUACCCUGAAAUGGGUGUGGGGAAGAAAUUCUAUAUACAAGAAACAUUCAUGUCAAAUUAAAGGAACCUAACUGAAUGCAGUUAAGUCUUGCAUAGGAUGAUAGAGUCAGUUUAGAAGAGGCUUUUACUGGCCUGGGUUAAAUUAUUUGACAGGAGUUUAGGUUGGAUCAAAAUAUAUUGUUCCUGCAUUGAGGAGGGAAAAAAAAAAAAGAAAUACUUAUUAAGUUUGGAGCCUCUUUCCCAACUGUUUGUUAGAAAAGGUAAAGCAGUUCACAUUGCUUGUCUUACCCGGCCAAGACUGUUGAGACAUCAGGUCAAGGAAGAGUACAGAGACAGGCCCCACCUAUUCCUUGGAGGAAAUGGGCAUAUACUGAAAACAAUCCUUUUACAGUAGUAUAGUAACAUGAACCAGUGACACUGACUUGUCACACCUGCUGAAGGAAGAGGCCAAAGUUAAGAUUUUGGUUUGCAUUUGAAGAGCAUGGAAACAGUCACUGGUUUAGCUGAUGAGCAAAGCAUUGCUAGUAAUAUUUCUUAUAAGGGAUGAUUGAGACAAAAAUAAUAAAGAUAAUUGAGCCUGUCAGGGAUACUGUGUAAAAGAAAUGUAUCCAAAAGAUUAGUAGGAUCCCUGAAGUAAUCUAACCAUACAAUCUGAUACAAAAGUCAACAGCUUUGCCUAUAACAGCAUCCCAAAGGAACUACAGGGUUACUGACUCUGUCUGGUUUACACAGCAGCAGGGUACUAGAACUUUGGUCAGAAUGAGAUUUCUGAUACAGCUGAUAUUUAAAAUAACAAAUAAUAAUAAUUCACAAGUCUGUCUGUGGACUUGGAGGAGAUAGAUACAUAGUACACCAAGUUAUCGUGUUUUAAUCUAAAUUGAGGCUCAUAUUCUCUUGUCACCUGCAUCAUUCUGAAGUGGCAUGCUGAGCCUGCUUAUUGUGCAAAGGGUCUCUUGUUUUGAAAGAGGCUGCUCUUUGUUCUCCCAUUUCUUUUUGUCUCUGACUCUGAAAAACCACAGUAACUGCACCCUCAGGUGACAGUGUGGUCUGUAGAGGCUACACCUGAGUAUAUUUUUCCAUUUCUGAGUACUGUACCAGACUGGAUGUGGCUACUGGUGUCCAGAGAGGAAGCACUGUUAUUAUGAUGCUUCUAUAAAACAAGAAGAAACAGUAGAAGACUUCUCUGUCUAGGACCAUUCUUAGAAGCAGUUACCCAAUAAGCUGGAUUAGGUAUCUGGAGUAUCUCUAAAUACUCAAGAUACUUUUCUUGGAUGGACCUCUUGCAGAAAGGAUAAUAAAAAAUAAUUACAUCUAGUACAUCGGAAACAUAAAUGUAGUGAUAGGAUAAUUUUCACAUGAAGCAGGAACAAAUAAAUUAAACAGUCUAUUAACAGUUCCCAUUAAAUUCUGGUUUUGCUUAGUGUUAUGCUUUAUUAAAUUAUCUAGUUUAAGCUAUUUUGCCAAAACAUGUGAAAUAAAAAGAGGAAAAAGAAAUUCUAUCUAUAUUUUUUAAAACCUUCUUUUUCCAGAUCAAUAUUACCUCCUGAGGUUAGUCUAUGGUAACUUUGACUUCGGUGAAAUGAACUGUUUAAUAGUUUAAUACCAACUGUAUUUGAAUUAUUGAUUUAAAAUAACCCAUGUACUAGUCAAAUAAAAGUAUUUUGUUUAUGAAA